GAAAGUCAGGUGCAGAAGUAAUUACCUCCCAUCUUCCUAGGAAGGUACGACUGAGGAUUGACGUUCCUCCAGUUGACAAUUGUCGUCCCGAACAUCUCAAUUGUUCUCAACAAGUUAGCAUCUUCCUGCGUGUUUUUGACAGUGUCUGCUCAGAAGAAGUUUCCAUUCCUCAACAUGGCUCGUCGUCUUCCGUUCAUGGCGGGCUUUCUUUUCCUUCUAGCCUUCUAGGUUCCUCCGAGCGCUCAGCGUCUGCCUGUCAACCUCUUUGAUUUUCUGCCCUGGUCCUCUAACUCUCGACUUUUCCGCAUGGGGCAAAGUCUCCAUCUGCCACGUUACUUCAGCACUUCCCUCUUUUAAAGCAAGGCUGCACACACCAGCGACGACAGAAAACAUGAGACGAGGAGGGACUCAUCGCACCGCUGUCGCUCAAUGCCCAUCCCGACCUCCCGGCAGGAUGACCACUUUUGGUCCAUGCUGACCCAAGCUCCAAGCUCCAACACGACACGCGAUAUGCGGUGCAGCGGUGCAGAUAGACAGACUGCACUCAUUAUUCUCCCGAAGCUCCAAGCUCUAGAGCUAUUGAGGCGGACCCUACUGCACUGUACCUUGGGCUACCUCACCACGCCUCUCGUCCGUGUCUUCCCAUUUUCUCAGCCGUCGUUUCAUAGCACGGCAGCGGUAUGCGCGUACGGUAUGGGUGACGCAACAAACCAGCCGGUCAGCGUCGGCACUGAAGCGAAAACCUGAUCCAUCAUCCAACACUCCGAGGAAUGAAGCCGAUCGACAGCUUGUGAGCUGGCACAUAGCAAGGCCUAAAUUUAGUGACCGACGAUUCAUCCGGGCUGCGCAUCUUCUGUCUUCCGCCUUCGACACUGCCAGGCUGCCUCAUUUUCCUCGCCGCGACGGGUGUCGGGAGUGGGACACGGACAGUGCGAGCAAGGGGCACUUGAGCGUAGAGCAAGAGAAAGAAAAAAAAAAGGAAGAGGCGGUGACGGCUAUUCUACUCUGCCCAGUGCCGCCAACUAUUCUGCUAGCCUCCCUCGGCUGUUGGCUUUGGAACGGUGAGGGGCAAAAGAAGGUCAGGUUGGCGAGCGACGGGGAGGCUGGGAACGAGACGUCCUGACGACUCGGUUCAUUCGGAUUGAAAUCCCCAAUGGCACAGAUACUGCUGCCGGAUGUGAUAUUGUUUCCAAUAUCUGGUUGCAUACCCAGGGUAAAAGCCUCAAUCUGAGCAUUCUUGCCAGCGCUUAAUUAUCACAGGACGGUUACGGUACUCUCAUUUCAAACGACCGGGUAGAAUUCCGAAUCACUGUUUCCGAGUUUCAUGGACCACGGCAAGAUCACCAGCUGUUGGUACGAAAUACAUACCUACGGACACUGCUGGUGGUCCCGAUGCGGACUGACGGUUUGCGCUGGUUGGUAGCUUGCCAGGGGAUGGGCUCG